UGCACUCGGGUGUUAAACCAUCUGACAAAAGAGGUGAACCACUGAGAAACCAAGACAGAACUGGUUAUGAAAUGUUAACAGAAGUUGGACUUUUCUGACAUUAAACAUGGAUGAAAUGGUGAGUGGGACAUCAGAACUUCAAGAGACAGGCAGUCUACAGAAUAGAUCCAGGGAGGAAGGGGACAGGAUCUCAGACGAGGAUGUUCCUGUGUCCGGCGUUCCGGUGGAAGUGGAUGUGGAGACUGGAGCACAGAACUCCAGGGACAGCCAAAAACUCGACUGCAUCAUCUGCUACAGUGCUUAUAACCUGAGAGAGAGACUCCCUCGGAAACUCUACUGUGGACACACAUUUUGCCAGGCCUGUCUGAAGCGACUUGACACCCUCAUCAAUGAGCAGAUGUGGAUCCCCUGCCCACAGUGCAGGCAGAACACUCCCCUACCUCGCGGGGGCGCCACUGGACUGGACCUAGACCUGGCUGCGUUUCUGGGUGUUAAAGCCGAGGUGGAAAACCAGCGAACACACCCCCAGAAAGCACUGCUGGAGACCAAGUCCUCUUUUAUAAAGCAGCCAAUCAUAGAUCAACCUCCCUCAGCUUGGGCUAAUGUGGCACUGACGGAUCAUCAUUUUCGGAGGUGCCCAUGCUGCAAGCACUGCCUGCUCUGCUGCUGGUGGUGCUAGUUAUAUUCAGCUUAUACAUUUGCAUCAGACCAGAGACAGUAUAAAUUGUGGAGAUGGACCACUUGUAGAAAAAUGAAUGGGAGUAAUGCUCAAUGUGGCAGCUAUAGGAAUGGAAGUCCAAACUUUCAGUUAAAAUCUCUUUAUAGUUGGUUUACUCUAGAAUCAGAGCCAGCCUGAAAAACUAUUUUUAUUUCGACUUGAGCUGAAGUAGUUAUAUUUACAAUGCCAUCAUUGAAAUACACUAUAUUGCCAAAAGUAUUCGCUCAUCUGCCUUUAGACGCAU